AUGAAUGUGAGUAUGUCUGAAGAUUUCCUUGUCAACUCUUCCCGGUCAAAGUUCUUUUGUCCAGGUGCUCCGCUGAUUAUCUGGGAUUUAGAAAGGAAAGUGUUCAUACAGCUUGGAAUCGCUAUAUCUGCCACCAUAGGUUCAUUUGCACUUUUGUUGAACAUUUUGGUGAUCUCAACAAUCAAGAAAACGAGAGAAUUGCAGACAAACUCUAUCAUUUUAAUCACCAGUUUGGCAGUCGCAGAUCUCUUAGUGGGUGCGGUUUCUGCCCCAUUUAACAUCACUGUAGAUGCGUUGAUUCUUCGAGGAACUGUAUCGGUGGGCAUGAUUUGUUUGAUAGCUAAAUUUACCAAAUUUGUUUCGAGUUCUGCUUACCGUGCCUCGUACUAUCAUGUAGUUCUGUUCAGUUGGGAGAGGUAUGUUGCGAUUGUAAAGCCUAUGAAGUACAAGGCUAUAGUAACCGAGAAACGCUUAACGAGAUUAGCGAUAAUCGCUUGGAUGACAGCCCUUACACCAUCGGUCUUAUUUCUUGCAUUAGAAGCCACUGCGGUUUCCAAAAUGGUACCUCGUGUUAUAUUUUCCAUUGUCCAGUUACUCGCCUUUACCCUUAUGGUGUAUUUUUAUUCCAUGGUUUAUAUCGGAAUACGAAAAUGGAACCGAAGCCAAUUCAGCCACGUCAAUGCUCUAAUCAAAGCGAGGAUGGAAAGUAAAACGGCUUUGACGGUGUUUCUGCUAACAAUUGCCAUUUUAAUCGCUAUCGUUCCUUUAGGGGUUGCACACGUCUUAGCGCAACGUUCCCUUUUUUUUCGUAAAAUUUCAGUUUUGCGAUGGGCGGAAACUUUCCUCCUGUUAAACUCCAUUGUAAAUCCUGCGCUGUAUUUUUAUAGAAACAGGAAAUACAGGAAAGCUGCUCUUAAUCUGCUAAGUAAGCCACGGGAAAUUCAGCCAGAGGUUCACGUGGGUCUUCGUAAAAGACGCCAGCGAUAUUCCUCCGCGUUUGUAAAUGUUAAAGAGCUUGUCCACAUAGAAAGAGGUCAACGCCUCACACGGUCACAUUCC